GGUGACCCCUCCCCUUCCGGAUUGAGAGUCCGGACGUCCGCACGUGGCCACCGGUUCUCUGGGUGCUUCUCCAGCGGAGGUGCUGUCUGUGGCUGCCUCGAAGUGCGGCUGCGGAGCCGCAGCGGGAGUUAUGGAGGGCCAGAGCGUGGAGGACCUGCUGGCCAAGGCGGAGCAGGACGAGGCAGAGAAGCUGCGGCGUAUCACGGUGCACAAGGAGCUGGAGCUGGAGUUCGACCUGGGCAACCUCCUGGCUUCGGACCGGAACCCCGCGACGGCACUGCGCCAGGCGGGGCCCACGCCGGACUCCGAGCUUCGAGCCCUUGCACGGGACAACACGCAGCUGCUCAUCAACCAGCUGUGGCAGCUGCCGACCGAGCGCGUGGAGGAGGCGGUGGUGGCGCGGCUGCCGGAGCCCGCCACGCGCCUGCCGCGCGAGAAGCCGCUGCCCCGGCCGCGGCCGCUCACCCGCUGGCAGCAGUUCGCGCGCCUGAAGGGCAUCCGCCCCAAGAAAAAGACCAACCUGGUGUGGGACGAGGUGAGCGGCCAGUGGCGGCGCCGCUGGGGCUACCAGCGCGCCCGGGAUGACACCAAGGAAUGGCUGAUCGAGGUGCCGGGGAACGCCGACCCCAUGGAAGACCAGUUCGCCAAGCGGAUUCAGGCCAAGAAGGAGCGCGUGGCCAAGAACGAGCUGAACCGGCUGCGGAACCUGGCCCGCGCGCACAAAAUGCAGGUGCCUAGCGCGGCCGGCCUGCACCCCACGGGACACCAGAGUAAGGAGGAGUUGGGCCGCGCCAUGCAGGUAGCCAGGGUCUCCACCGCCUCGGUGGGCCGCUUCCAGGAGCGCCUGCCCAAGGAGAAGGCGCCCCGGGGCUCCGGCAAGAAGAGGAAGUUUCAGCCCCUUUUCGGGGACUUUGCAGCCGAGAAAAAGAACCAGUUGGAACUACUUAGAGCCAUGAACAGCAAAAAGCCUCAACUGGACGUGACGAGGGCCACCAACAAGCAGAUGAGGGAGGAGGACCAGGAGGAGGCCGCUAAGCGGAGGAAAAUGAGCCAGAAGGGCAAAAGAAAGGGGGCCCGGCAGGGUCCUGCGAGCAAGAGGAAAGGCGGCCCGCCCAGCCAGGGAGGGAAAAGGAAGGGAGGCUUGGGAGGCAAGACGCACUCCAGGCCGCCUGGCUUGGGUGGCAAGAAGAAAGGCGUGCAUCCGCAGGGAGGGAAGAAGAGGAAGUAAAACUGAGAGCACUGGACCCGUUCGGCCGGUACCGAGUGUUAAGUUGUGCCGGAGGUGGCCGCUGCCUGCACUGAACUUGAGCUUGAAGGGGGGACAGGCUUGCCCUCCCCUCAAGAGAGUAAGUGUUGGACUACAAAUCUUUUUCCCAUCACCGAGACUUUGGCUGGAGAUUGUAUAUUUUGAGAACAAAAGAAUUAGAGAAAUAAUUUGGUCAGAAUCGGGAAUGAGUUGACAGCCGCCUUUUUUCAUUUUACCUUUGGAUUUUGGUUAAAAGAUUGCUAUAUUUCUAAGGCAUGUUUCAAACAUUUCCGUAUUAUUUUUAUAACAAGCUGUAUAUUUAUCAAAGUAGAGGAGAGGGGAUAUUACAUCUACCUGUGAUUUACAAGUAUUGUAAAGGUUAUUUAAUAAAAGUAUACCAGUAUCUAGUGUUGCUUUUAAAAACUUUCACUGUUGGUAGAAAUUGUACAUGAGUCAGUACACAUUAGUUUUGUAUACUUUUGAAAAAGCAAAGUAGUUACAAUGGUUACAGGAAGGCUACAUUUAUUAGAGAAAUUUAAAGAAGUUCUUUUGGUACUAAAUGUAAUAUUAAAAACAUGAUGUACCUAGUGUUUGUUGAAAAGUCCAUGGUUUUCGACACUACACGUUGCUUUAAAUGAUAAAUUAGGAUUACACUGAAUAAUGGUACUUAAUCUUGUUAAUCCAGAAAAUAUGUCUUUUUGUUUAGAACUAGUUGGUUUCCGUGUUUUGCGAUCACUCUGUAGCCCAGGAAUUGUCAGUGGAAGUUCCCGCACCCUGUUGAGAUUUGUCUAUUGCUGCUGCCCUGGGUCUUUUUCUUCGACAGCUGUAUUCUUAUUUUUUAUCUUAAUAAACUUUUCGUAAAUGGCUA